UCUCAUCCAGGUCAGGUGAAAGGGAAGGUCUUGGUGCUCGAUCUCGAUGAGACCUUAAUUCACUCGCACCACGAUGGAGUGUUACGGCCGACAGUGCGACCAGGAACUCCUCCAGACUUUAUAUUAAAGGUUGUGAUAGAUAAACAUCCCGUUCGUUUCUUCGUUCAUAAACGACCGCAUGUUGACUUCUUCCUGGAUGUGGUUAGUCAAUGGUAUGAGUUGGUGGUUUUCACUGCCAGUAUGGAGAUCUAUGGCUCUGCUGUUGCUGACAAACUGGACAAUAACAGAGAGAUAUUAAAAAGACGAUAUUAUAGACAGCACUGUACACUAGAACUAGGAAGUUACAUAAAAGAUCUCUCCGUGGUACACAGUGACCUGUCCAGCAUUAUCAUACUAGACAAUUCUCCAGGCGCCUACAGAAGCCAUCCAGAUAACGCCAUACCCAUUAAAUCGUGGUUCAGUGAUCCGAGCGACACAGCGCUACUGAAUCUCUUACCGAUGCUAGACGCAUUACGGUUUACAGCAGAUGUGAGAUCGGUUCUCAGCCGGAAUUUACACCAGCACCGAUUAUGGUGACCCUUGUCCAUUUCCCCCCGCCUACUCCUGGCCCCGCAGGAACUGGCCUAUGCCUUACCCUCAUCUGCCUCCCCCCAACCCCCCCUUCACCUUCCACUCGCCUUGCCGUUAUUGGGUCUUGAAUGGCGUUCCCUGUGUGUUUGAACCCUCACCACCCCCCCUCAGCCUUCUUUACCCUGUACCCACUCCCGUCUCAUGAACUGGUAUUUUGUGCCAGCUGGAGAUUUUGGCUGUGCACACUGUCAGAGACUGCGCCGGACUUAGCAGAGUGCCUGUCGCCUCCACGAAACUAAACGUGCUGACAGCCUUCAAAAAGGAGAAACUAAUGAAGCAAUGGGACAGUAUUGUACAUCGUUUUAAAGAGAAAACAAAAGAGAUUUAAUCCACCGCACACAAUAGAUUAUGAAGAAGCUUCGUUUUUUUUGUUCUUUUUUUUCCCUUCCUCAUUUUUAAAAUAAUAAUUUUCUUGUAUUAAAAAGAAAGUUGAACUUUUCCCCCCCUCCCCUCUGCUCUGACUCUUUUCUCCCCUGCAAAUAUCCCUCAGCCUCGAACUCGCAUCGAGCGCAGGAGGGUGCAAGAAAUAACUGGACGGAACCCCGGGGUGUUUGAACCCUGUAUCACUGCAGGCCAGGCAUCCCACUAUCUCCUUGUGAACUAAAAAAAAAUACAUUCUACCACCCCCCUGCCCAAACACACGCACACACACCCCCUA